AUGAUUCUUGUGUCUGCUGUCCUCUUCUCCUCCGUUGAAAGACGUCAUCAGAAUUCCCUGGAGGGUUGCAGAGAUGUCUUUGAAGAGGAACUGUCUGAACCGGCUAAUUUAACAAGGUGGGAUAUCCAGAUAGAGAAAAAGAGAGGCCACAGACGCACAAGCCAAGUCAAGCCCUGCUGUUUCACUGCUGCAUUAGAGGGACGACUCCAGAGAAAGCAAUUCCAGGUGUUGCUCAUGUUCGGUUCAUGGAAAACACAGGGGGGACGUGAGGCUGAGGGGAUGGAGGAGAAUAACGUGGAGAAACAGGGAAUGUGGGAGAGAAUAUGGCUUACCAACAUCACAGAGAAGAAGAGCUGUAACAGCGUGUCUCAGUGUCCAGACUCCUCCAGAACAGCGCGCUCUGUGCUGGAACAGCAUGCAGUGGAGAGUGAGCAGAGAAGCGGUGAGCCACUGUGUUUCUCUCCCGGCGAAACCGGAUCCUCUGGUCCACCCCACCCCAGAGCUGCCUCCGCCUCCAGCGCGCGCAUAAAGGCUGUGUUGUUACCUGCAGCCGAGUCCGACACGCUCCUGACGCCCCGCGCGCUUCUCUUGGAGGAGAAACUUAUCUGCAGGAUUUGUUCCGUCGAGCGACAGUUUCUUCGGUUUAUCAAUUGCUGCCCUGCACUAAUGCCCAUGUUUAUAAAGUCACUAGUUAUCUGGUCCCGUGCACAUUCCUGUAAUAUGUCCAAGGAUUUGGGAAAAAUCUUCAAUGUCACUUCCUUCGGGCUGCAUCCUGUGCAGAGGAUCACGUUCAUGACUGUAGUAGAGGCGGAGUUUAGGGUCAAAGUUUUUCACAGAAUUCGGAUUGUUGCUCCCAAAAACUGCGAACAAAUGCUGCGUUAG